UUAUGCAACAUGAUCACUCCUUCCUAAUUAUCUCAGUAUUGCUUACCAUCUUGAUCAGAACAUCAACAGCAAUAAACCAGAUAGACUAUGGACACCCUUUAUAUGAACUACAACUUGGUCAACCAGCAAAUAAGGAGAUAUAUCAUCUUCAAAGGGAUGUUGUGGAAGGGGCAGCUAAUAUCCAACCUCCUCCCCCUCCCGACGUUUCGUCCCUCACAUUUGUUUUUGAUGCGACUGGCUCAAUGAAUGAAGUGAGCGAUCCAUUUAUUACAACAGAUCCUGAUCUUUUUCAGCAACAAUUGGCAUCCGUUUCUGUACAGGGUGGUGGUGAUUGUCCAGAAAUGGCUCUUUCUGGCAUUAAGAAAGCGCUUGAAGUUUCAUUGCCAGGAUCUUAUAUUUACGUGUUCACCGAUGCGCGUUCCAAAGAUUUUCAUCUUGAAAGUGCCGUACUCAACCUUAUACAGGAGAAACAAAGCUCAGUUGUCUUUGUAAUGACUGGUGAUUGUGGAAAUCGUUCAGCCCCUGGAUAUAAAGUAUUUGAAAGGAUAGCAGCCGCAAGUUUUGGACAAGUUUUUCACCUGGAAAAAUCACAUGUUAAUACUGUUCUCGAGUAUGUACGUCAUUCUGUAGCACGACGUAAGGUUCACAUCCUUUAUGAAGUUCGUGAACAUGGUCAGACACACACUAGCCUUGUCCCGAUUGAUACAUCAUUUUCUGAGUUGGUAGUAUCAUUGGCUGGAGUUCGAGAUGAUAGUGAUCUGAUGGACAUUGAAUUGGUUGAUCCACACAAUAGACGAAUAGACAAGUACGAACAUGAUGAUGGCACAAUCAAUUUAAAAAAUAUAAAGCUAAUUCGGCUACUUUCACCCGUGCCAGGCAUUUGGCGAGUCAGAACCAGUAGUAGAUUAAAGCAUACUUUACUAAUUUUUGGGCAUGGAGAUAUUGACUUCAAAUACGGAUUCGCCGCUCAACCGGUUUCUUCCAUCGAUUUAACCCAUCCUCGUCCCGUAGCUGGUCAACCAACUUAUUUACUUAUUAAAAUGACUGGCCUGAGACCGCCAGGUGCUUUGGAGCAUGUAUCACUUGUUGACUACAGCGGAAAUGAACUUUAUCGAAACGAGUCUCGUUUCUAUCCAGGAGACGGCCCUUACCUCCAUUUUGUUGGGCCUUUAAUUCCACCAAAAAUAUUCUUUUUUGUGCGUAACUACGAUUUUCUACGAAUAACUCCUACAGCAAUUGCUGCUGUAGAUGUUGUUGGGCCUAGAGCUUACAUGGCUGAAAGGCUCACAGCAAAUGCAUAUAAUGCUAUAAAUCUUACUUGUUCAAUUGAAUCACGUGUGCCAUUUACUGUACAUUGGCUUUUUGGGAGUAGAACAAUCGGUGGUCCUCUCUUUUAUGAAUAUACAGAUACCUCAACGUGGACAAUAGAUUCAGUUACUCCUGCCCACCGUGGCUAUUAUACUUGUUUGGUAGUUAGUUCCUUAGGCAAUCAUUCUGUCUCUACUUUUCUUGAAUCAAAAGAAUUGCCACCUGACAUUGUCUCAAUGCGAAAUGUGUCAGUUAUGCUUCAUGAGACUGCAUUUUUACACUGCAUAACACAAAGUAUAGAACGACCGAGAAUUAACUGGAUGCACAACCACAGUUUAAAUGUUGGAAAUUCCGCGAAAACUUAUACCUAUGAUAAUGGCACUUUGCGUAUUCACGAUGCGACUUUUGAUGAUGUCGGUAUUUACUCUUGCUUUGCUCGAACCUCUGGAGGCCAAAGCGAAGAAACUGCUUGGUUGACUGUUAUGCAACCCCCAAGCGUACGAGUAGAACCACGAGAAUUAUAUAGCGUUGAAGGUACUACUUUUACUUUGAAAUGCAUUACAACAGGUGUGCCGAAGCCAGAAGUUACGUGGUUCUUCAGAGGUUCCCCAAUAUUUUCUGAUCCAAAAUUCUACAUUAGCCAAAGAGAUGAAUUAAUUGUCAGUGAUGUUGAAGACGAGGAUGAAGGUUCCUAUUCAUGCCAAGCAAAAAAUUUAGCUGGUAAUGCUAUAGCUUCUGCUUAUGUUCAGAUAGCUGUUCCACCGACCAUUCAUGUCUCACAAAAUAAACAAAUGAUAACUAAAGAUGAUUCAAUUAUUCUCGAUUGCCAAGUCAUUAGUGGCAUUCCACCUCCAACAAUUGUUUGGUGGAAGGAUGGCCGACAACUAUUUAAUGACCGCUAUAUACAAAUUCAAGAAGGUGGACGUUUAACUAUUCCUCGUGCAGAUAUUUUGGAUGCUGGGACUUAUGCUUGUAAAGCUGAGAAUAUUGCUGGAUCGGCAAUUAAACCACUCACUCUUGGUGUUGGAAGCCCUCCAACAAUCCUACCAAGUCCGGAGACUGUUUAUGUCCAGAUUGGGCAAACUGCAACACUUAACUGUAGAGUUGAUGGAAAUCCUAAACCACAAAUCCAAUGGCUUAAAAAUGGUUCCCCCAUUGAUGCAUUAAUAGAAGAACAAUUGCGGUACUCUCAUUUGCCUGAUGACAGUCUUCACAUCAGAGGAGCAUCAUUAUCCGAUCAGUCGACAUUUACUUGUAUAGUUAGAAAUCAAUUUGGAGAACAAAGAAAGCGCACAAAUUUGGUUAUUACUGGAUUAGUGAGUCCUGUUCUUGCCAGUUUGCCUUCAAAAAUGGAACUUGUCGAAGGAAGGGAUUUACAAAUUAAUUGUGUUGUCCUACUUGGUAAUCCUCGCCCUGAAAUCGAAUGGUUUAAGGUCUCUAAAUUUUUAAAGACAAAAAAUUCAAAACUUUUUGGAUCAUUUAAGGAUGGACAACCACUUUCCAAGGCUAUAUCGAAAGAGCAUGUAAUUUUGCUUCGCGAUGGAUCUUUAUUACUUAAAAAUGGUUCUGAUGCACAUAAAGGAACGUAUACGUGUAAAGCUAAUAGUGCUGCGGGAAAUGCUUUACAAGAUGUUAAUGUACAAUUGAUAAUGAAACCAAGAAUGCUCCAAACAGAUAUUGAAGAUGUACUAGUGGCCAAGGAUGGAGCUCAGCUUGAAAUACCAUGCCCUGUGCUAGUUCCUGAGGGGCAAGUCAGGCCUAAAGUGCUUUGGGCUCAUGAUUCCCAGCCGUUAAAUGUUAAUACACCCGAAUAUAUUGUUCUGCCGAAUCUCAGCCUGAGAAUUCUGAGGGUUAGUUCUGCACAUAUUGGCCGUUACACAUGUACAGCUGUGAAUGAGGCUGGAAAACUGGAAAAAACUACGCUUGUUUUAGGUAUAGUUUUAAAUUUAAAAAUAACAUAAAUACAUAUUUACAUGGGUUUGAUAAUGAUUACUAGGGCCUCACAAGAUCAUUAAUCACAUUCUUAUAUGGCUUUUUCUUGUCUCUGAUAUUCUCUUGCUCCUCUAUCAUCUCUUCUAAUCUUCAUC